ACAACAUCGGCGUCCGAAAGGGAACCAUACAGGUGGCUGUGCCAUAUGUAUUCUUUUCAUAAUUAUAGCAGAUUACUCCCUCUGAAUGAUCAGGCCUGCUGCUGAGAACUACACAGCGCUCCGCCGCUCCCAUCGUCAGUUUCGCUAUUGUGGAUCUCCGACUAAUUACGUAUUUCUUCCGCUCGGCCCUGUAUGUACAUGUACUUGUACUUGCCUGUACACCCUCGCUUCAAUCCGUAGAUCCGCAUUACGUGUAAGCCUGUCCAUAUAGGAGGGUUAGGGUAACUCAGAACGUCUUAAGAUUCAUCAUGGCGAACGUGCUGGGAUGGAAAGAUAUUCUAAGGCCCAUCAGGGACGGGUACCGCCAUUUGUUCCCCUCUCCUGACACAGGACCGACUCCGGAGGAGCGAGAGAGGCAGCGCCUUUUAGAUAGCAUUCGCGGAUUUACCUAUUUUGAUAACUUCGAACAACUCAAAAGCUGGACCGAACAGAGCACAGAUCCAAUCCAUAGAGCGAACACCCCUUUACUUCGCCGCUCAGUGAUUGCAGAGUCUUCUGGAUUGGGAACAGCUAGCAUUGUGUUGUGUCAUGACUAUUCGGGCAAUUAUCACACGUACGAAGGAGUCGAGCAAACGGCAGUAGACGAGGAGAGAUAUUCAUGCGAAUAUCUCGAUUAUGUCGAUACCUUUAUCUACUUUUCGCAUAAACUUGCUUGCGUGCCCCCACCUACAUGGACGAAUACUCUACAUCGUAACGGGGUACAGGUGCUGGGAACAUUUUUGAUCGAGCCGCAAACCCAGCAUACGAAAGAGCUGUUGCAUUACAUUCUUACUACUAAUUCCGGUAUUGGUGGUAUCCACUUUCCAUUGGCGAGUAAACUCGCAGCCAUUGCAAAGCAUUAUGGAUUCGACGGGUGGCUUGUGAACAUCGAGAAGCCAUUUGACAGACAAGACUGGGAUGUAAAUCUACUCGAAGCGUUCCUCAAACAGUUGAGAAAUGAGCUGAUACCGGAGAGAAAACUCAUUUGGUAUGAUGCUAUCACUAUAUCAAACAAAGUCGAUUACCAGAACGCACUCAGCAGUCAAAACGUGCUAUUUACCCAGGCUUGCGGCAACAUAUUGACGAAUUAUUGUUGGAAAGAGCGUGAUGCGUUGCAAUCCAAGGAACUGGCAAAUCAAAGUGGACUCUCUUCUCGAAGCAUUUCUUUAGGUAUCGAUGUCUGGGCACAGAACCCAAGCAGCUUCGCGCAUCCCAGAGUGACCUACCCCGAAGACAAAGGAGGAGGUACCAACACUGGGCUUGCUGCUCGCAAACUUGCGCAAAUCGGUUUAUCCAUAGGUAUCUUUGCCCCUGCCUGGACGUUCGAGCAUUUUCCCGGAAACGGCCGCCUGGUCGAGCGGAUGGUAUGGGAAGGCAGAGGAAGUUUGAAUGGCAUCAAUUGCUCCUGUGGAAAUGCGAAUGUUCGCCACCCUCCAAAUCGACACCACCCCAUUGCCCGCUAUGCACAGAUGUACGCUGCAGGAGGGGAGCAUUUCUUCUACACAGACUUUAGCCGGGCCUUUGGAACCCACGAUGAAAGAGCUAGCAGACACUUAUACAGUGGGAAACAACUCCAUUCGCAAGUGGGGUCACAAUCCGUUUUACCACCAAAGUUGCGAUCUGAUGCGGGCGAGGAUCAAAUAGAAAGUGAGACCAACGUCUUGUCUCAUCAGCUCGUGGACGUCUCAUAUCAAACGCAACUUGAAGUGGUAGUGCAAAGCAAAGGCUUGGAUACUUGCUCCUCGGGCUCAAUAUUGGAAAGAUGGCUACCUUUAUUCAGAUUCGACAUGCCGGCUGAUGGGACGUUGGACAUAAAAAUUACCUACCAAACCUCAUUUUCCAGAAGUGAUGCAAAAGUAAGCUUCUACUUAAGCUUCGAUGAAGGUAUAGAGCAUCUAAAUAUCUGCAAAGAUCAUACUCAACAAUUCAUCAAGGCAAGGGUAAAACUACAAAGCCAUGACCAAUGCCGGCUCAAAGGAUUGGGUGUCUAUCUGCAGAGUCCAGUGAUAUCGGACGAGGCGGAAGUGGUACGCCUGCUUUCAAUAUGCAUCUCAUUAAACAGUACAAAAGUGUCGCACAUCCAACCUAGCAUAGAGAAUGUUCAUGUACAAACGCGAGGGCUAGGUGAAACGAAACAUACUCGACUGUGUUGGGAGUAUCGUUCACCAGGGACUAUAAGUGAACCAUAUUCGCUACCGUAUAGUGAAAUUACGGGGCCAUGUUCUCACUUCCUGAUCAAAAUUGAUGGAAUGAUCGUGGGCAAAGCAUAUGCAUUGGAGCACCCGCUAGGUGAGUCCAUACUGGCUCUGAUGGCAGAUCAAGCAGUUGCUGUUUCGGUUUCUGGGAUAGGAUUUGAUGGCGAAGUUAUUUCAGAAGUGAGUGAUUUCUUACCUCCAAUUCCAUUAAGCUAGAAACAGCUAAAUUCAGUUCUAAAGAAUACCUUUCGAUCUAUCGAAG